UUGUCUCUGAUUUUUUUAUUUAUAUUUUUUGCUUUAAUAAUUUCGAAAAUUCAAGUAAAAAUGUUUGCUUCGCUUCGCAACACCAUUCCUCGUCAGCUCUCUCGUGCAUACAGCACUGCGCCCGCAGGCGGUAAGAGCGGAAGCGGUAUUCUCUGGGCCUCGCUCGCCACUGGCGCCGUUCUCGCCGGAGGCUACUACUACACCCGCUCCAAGGACAGCCAGGGUGCUGCGCCAGCGGCCAGCAACGAGCCCCUCACGGCUGCGCUCGACCCGAAGAAGUUUAUUGCGUUUAAGCUGAAGGAGAGCACGCCAAUUAACCACGACACAGGCCACUACCGCUUUGAGCUGGGUCCCAACCAAGUGCUUGGCCUGGACAUUACAUCGUGCAUUGUUGUGAAGGCGAAGAUUGGCAGUGACGAGAAGCCCACCAUCCGCCCGUACACACCGGUGUCACCACAGGACGCGCGCGGUUACUUUGACCUUGUUGUGAAGCGGUACCCGGAGGGCAAGAUGUCGUCGCACAUUCACUCGCUGAAGCCCGGGGAUGAGCUGGAGAUUAAGGGCCCGAUUCCCAAGUACCCGUACAAGGCUGGAGCUCUGAAGGAGGUAGGCAUGAUUGCCGGCGGCUCGGGAAUCACACCCAUGCUGCAGCUCAUCCAGCAUGUGCUGGAGGACCCCACGGACAACACCAAGCUGACCUUAAUGUUUGCCAACAAGUCCGAAGAGGACAUUGUUCUGCGCUCGACUCUGGACGGCUAUGCCAAGAAGUACCCUGAGCAGUUCAAGGUGCACUAUGUUAUUGACAAGGCAUCGGAUGGCUGGAAGGGCGAGGUGGGCUACAUCACCAAGGAGCUCGUGCAGAAGUACCUGCCGUCUGCUGACCGCAGCGAUGUUCUUGUCAGUGUGUGCGGCCCUCCGCCCAUGAUGAAGGCCAUUAGCGGACCCAAGGCACCCGACUUUAGCCAGGGCGAGGUUAACGGUAUCUUUAAGGAGCUCGGCUUCACUUCCCAGCAGGUUUUCAAGUUCUAGGUACUCAAUUUUGGACGAUUCAAAUACAACGAUCAACCAAUCAAUGUUUUUGCGAGCGAAAUAUAAGGGUCAUUGCGUGUUGGAGUUAAAUUAAUUAAAAGG